CUGAUGACGUCUCUGAUGAUUUGGAAGAUGUUGUAGCCGAAACUUGAUGUACACUACGUUGUCUUAUUAAAUUAAUGUUAACUUAUUCAUACAAAUGCAUAACACGUAUUACAAGCCCCAAAAUGGAACAAACUGCACAUACACCAAAUUAAAAGCUUCAGGUCAGACUAAGGCAGAGUCCUACGGCCCAGCCAUGCCUCAGAAACCCCAAAAGAGCGCUCAGACGACACACUACAUUGAGCUGGGAGGUUAUCAGUACUGGCCUGUGCUGGUGCCUCGAGGAAUCAGACUGUACACCUAUGAACAGAUCCCGUUGUUUCUGAGGGAGAACCCCUACAUCACAGAUGGAUACAGAGCCUACCUGCCCUCCAGACUGUGCAUUAAAAGCCUCUUCAUUCUGUCCAAUGAGACGGUGAAUAUCUGGAGCCAUCUGUUGGGCUUCCUCCUCUUCUUCUUUGUCGGGGUGUACAACAUGGCCUCGGUGCUGCCAGCCAUUGGCGCCUCCAAAGAGGACUACGUCAUCUACUCCAUCGGGCUCUUCUGCUUCCAGCUGUGUAUGCUGUGUUCAGUGGGUUAUCACCUGUUCUGUUGCCACCGCUCGGAGAAGACAAGCCGCCGCUGGAUGGCGCUGGACUACGCAGGGGUUUCCAUCGGCAUCCUGGGCUGCUAUGUCCCCGGAGUCUUCUACACCUUCUAUUGUAAUAAUUACUGGCGGCAGGUGUACCUAGUGACGGUCCUGGCCAUGAUCCUGGCCGUCUUCUUCGCUCAGAUCCACCCUCAUUACCUCAGCAAGCAGUGGAAGCAGCUGCGCUCGCUCAUCUUCUGCUUGGUGGCCGGGUACGGCCUCAUCCCCACCGUCCACUGGAUCUGCAUCACUGGGGGCUUCUCCUCAGAGCUCGUCCAGGCUUUUGUUCCUCGAGUCCUGGGGAUGUACUUCAUCGCUGCAUUAGCGCUCAUUUUCUACGUUUCAAAAGUUCCUGAGCGCUACUUCCCAGGACAGCUGAACUACCUGGGCUCCAGUCACCAGGUGUGGCACCUGCUGCUGGUGCUGAUGUUUUACUGGUGGCACCAGUCAUCAUCCUUCAUCAUGGCGUACAGACACAGCCAGCCCUGCCCCGACACCUCCCACCAUGCCUAGGACGCUGCUCUGCACGCUGGGAUCCCUGACACUGUUAAACUGUUGGUGAACAGCUGCAGCUUAUUCCAGCAUGCAUAAGUGGAAGGCAGCGAGACACCAUGGACGGGCCUUUAGUCCACUUCAGUGUCCCCACAGAUGGACACAUUCUUACCUGCAAGUGUCUUCAGUCCACCGAACCUGUGGAGGAAACCAUCAGAGGGGCUGCAGACGGGAAUCAGACCUGUGACCUCCAGGAUGUCGAGGGUGUUUUUAAGAUGAGAUGGAAUCUCUGAGUGACUGUAGGUCAACAGUCACAGUGGCUAAAAACUAAUUUUUACCACCUAAAAACAAACAACUGAAUCUCUGAAUUGAAACUAUAGAAUCUCCAGAAUUUGCACUGCGUUCAAAUUUACGUAACAUUAAAAGCAGCUUUGAUCAAAACGCAGCCACAUUAAACAUUACCCAGAUCAUCAAGGUUGGCGGGCGUAGUCAAGUAGCAUUUACUUUUUUCUAUGAGACAGUUAAGUGCCUGUAAAUGAAACGUCAUGUAGCUCUUGUCGAAUUAAAUUAACACAAUUCCAUGUUGUGAUAAUGCUUUUAGAAACAGCUGCCUGUAGGCUCAGUAAGUAAUCAAGUAAAAUCACCUUCAAAGGGAAAAUUACAUGUUCAAUGUCCAGGCUCUGCACAGUUCUGCUCAAAGUAUAAGUGGAUGUGAGUUAACACGUUUGUUUUAGUGUUGAGGUUUGCUGACGCUCAGCCCACAUCAAGUCGUAUAGAUUUUGUAUGGACAAACUCUGAAACAUUAUUAGUGGUGGAAACUCUGCGGUACUUUCUCAUGAGAACAAGCAAAAACUAACCAGUAUCUUUGAAUAUAAUUCAUGUUUAGAUAGAAAAACCAAAGACUGCUGUGGAGCGACACUCGAAAUGUUAUCUUCAUCAGUUCGUAUUACAUUAGGUUGUUAAUAUGUCCUUUAGCGUGUACAGUGUGUGUACAGUGUUGAUGUUUCUGUCUCUCACUGCAGAGUGAGACAAACUACAGAUUGUUUCAGGAUGGUGACGUGUACUGACUCUAAACACAGGCACUGCAGAUGUGUCUGUACCUGAUACUCCACAACUGAAUGUGUUUCUCUGUCCUGUGUUGGGCUGCACUGCCUCAGUGUUCAAACUGACAGUUAUAUCAGAGCUGCGCAGGGUGUUUGAGGAGGAAACCCUCAGUGUUCACUCCUGGAAUGUUUUUGUAUUUAAUCUAGUAGCUGGGUUCAACUCAGAUUAAACUAUUGUCUAUUUGUUCAAAGUAUCUCCCUCACAUUUUUAUUUCAGUAUUGUCCAGUCCCAACCUGUGAGAGUUGGGGUUUAUUUCACAGUCAGUCAGUUUGGGGGUGUUAUGGACCAGUUCGGCCUCUAGGGGCUGCUAGUGAGACUUUUAGGCCUCUUAACUGUGUCCCAACUUUAAACUAAUGCUAAUGUCUGCACUGUUGACAUUUAAGUUGCCUCCAGGUGUCAGAUUUAAAGCUUUAAUGCACCUGCACUACACUGUCUGUAUACAUGUUCUUUCAUUAUUCAAGUUAUUUACUACAUUUUUAUUUUGUGCUUUUUCUCUUUGCCUGAACACUUUGAAACUUGAGCAGCUGGCUUGGUUUCUUUCAAAAGCAUGGGAAGAAAGCAAUGAGGGAAAAGCAAAAAAAAAAAAAAGUCAAUAAAUUAGUAAAAAGAAAAAGAGAGAAUUUAAAACAAUUAAACUAGAAAAAAAAGAGAAAAGGUUAAAAACAAAAAACAAGGAAAUGACCUGUAAAAAAGGAGCUUAAAAAAUUCUCAUAAUUUUGUAACAUAAUUUUAAAUAUAUAAUACAGAUAGUUCUUAGCAUAGUUUUUCCCCUAGCUUUUUAAAAAUAUUUUUCUAAUUUUUUUUAUUUUUUUUUAUUGAACACAUUAGCUCAGGGUUCAAAGGUUUAAAUAUUUGUAAAAGGUGUCUGAAAGCAGCACAACACAAGUGAUAUUCCUCCAGGUUUCAAGGGGUUAAUAUAAAGUGUCACUAUCCACAUUUUCUUUUCUGGCAGUAAGAAAAGGCUUUUCAUUUCAAGAGCUCAAAAACAAGUUGAUUUAUUCUACUGUAUUUCACUGACGACUUAAACUUCAUUUAAAAUUGGGACACAGUUUAGUUUUCCAAGAUUCAAGCACUGAUUAUGGGAAUCUGUAUUCACAUGUAUUGCUGUUCAUAUUGCAGCUACUCCAUACACGGUGCAGCCCUGGUUUCUACUGUACAUUCAAUCUUUACUACUUUUGCUUUCAUUGUAAAAAUAGUUACGAGUAUUUUAGACUGUUUACGAAAAACUGCUUUUUCUGCCUGACCUGAGUUUACCUGCAGCGGAGGAUUCUCUCAUCAAACUGUGUUUUGGACUCAAAUCACAGGACUUUGUCUCUGGCUCAUUUUAGGGUGACGUGCAAUGUUAAAGGUCAACUCUUAUUUUCAUGUUUUAGUGGCUUCGUUCCAAAAUGCAACACAACCAUGAUGGAUCGAAGUCUCUGUACUGUGAAAUGCUCUGAAUUUAAAUUCUCUCAAACUGUCUUAAUGCUUAGAACAUGAAUGCAUUUUUGUCUGUCAUCAUUUAAUCACAAGUUGUCUCAUUUUGGAAUGAAAGUCAUUAGUUUUGUGUGUAUUUAAUGUUUUUAAGUUUCAGAGCGAGACAUAUUGUUGUUCUGUAUUUAAGUUAUUCUCCGUGACCCUGCUCUGUGCUGUCUGUAACGGUUCCUCUAAAACGUUUUGUCUUACUUGAAAAGCUCUGAGAGACGUCAGCUGUGUGUCCGACACUCGUUUUGUAGCAGCCGAAAUUUUUGUAUCUUGACUUUUCAUACCUGAGCAAUCAAACUGCUGAACUUCA